CGGCACGUCUUUUCGUUGAAUACGGCAGUCCAUGUAUUUCUACUUGCAAUCACAUUCGUUAUCUUCGAUGUGGCAGUAAUUCUACCUGUGAAUGUAUGCCACAUACUUAUUGGAAUGCAUCAAUUUCUAUGUGUAUUCCACAAUUGCCAAUACUUGGUGCAUCUUGUCAACAAAAUAUGAGCAUGUGUAGAGAAGAUCUUAAUUAUACAUGUUUACAAUUUAAUCAAUGUGGUCCAUUAUCAGUACUUUCUGGAACAACAAUUGCGGAUGAUACCACUGAAAUAAGCGAUAGUUCGACUGUUGGUCUCUAUUAUCCUCUAGGAAUUGGUAUAUUUGGAACCAACAGUGACUCAAUUAUUAUUGUGGAUACGAUUAAUAAUCGUAUUCUCGGUUUAUGGGAUGCUGAUACAAACUAUAAAAAUAUUUCUGUAGUAGCAACUGAAUGGGCUCCUGGACAAUCUCUGUUCUAUCCUUUAGAUGUGUAUGUUAAUGCUAGAAAUGGAUGUGAUAUUUAUGUUACUGACUCUGUUGAUUCUCAAGUUGUAUUAUAUUCUAACAUGCAAACAAUUAAUCCACUAACCAGCAUUGUUGCAGGUAACAGUGAUGGUGAAACAGGACUUGCCAGUUUGAAUGUUCCAUUUGGAGUCGUAGUAGAUAAUAAUAAGAAUGUUAUCGUCGCUUCUAUGGGCGAUAAUCGAAUAAUGUUUUGGCCUCCAAAUGCUUUGAAUGGUACAAUCAUAGUUGGUCAUAUCUCAGCUAUCAAUGGUAAUACUGCUAUGGAUCUUGAUGGACCUGAAGGAAUAGCACUUGAUGAACACAAUUCAUGGUUAUAUGUCGCUGAUUCAAAUAAUCAUAGAAUUCAGCGUUUUAACUUAAAUGAUACUUGGCCAUGCAACGGCACUACAGUAGCAGGCGGCAAUGGUCCUGGUUCACGAAGCAAUCAACUCUCUAGUCCGUCUUAUAUUAAAAUAUCCAACAAGACGGGAGCUUUGUACAUAGCGGACUAUGGAAAUCAUAGAAUUCAACGUUGGAAUCAAGGAGCAACUGAAGGAGUAACUAUUGCAGGUGAUAUCAAUGGUAAUUCCGGAUCCAGUGAUACCAUGUUUAACGGUCCUGGAGGAUUAGCUAUUAACCAUAAUGAAACAUUCAUGUAUGUAACCGAUGAAAAUAACAACCGCGUCCAAAGAUUUCAACUCAUUUAA